CAAUGGAGCCGGGAAGAGGCAGGAGCAUGGCAGGACAGGGGCCUGCCUCAUCCUGCACCUCCCUCAGCGUGGCCAUGGCCGCGGGCCAGGCGCGAGGCGGUGAGGAGCAAUCCUGCCCAACCUGUUCCUCCAGGCCCCAGCUGCUGUUCCCAGCCAAGCACCCAGCACCGCAGGGCUCAGGACGCUGCAGUGGAGGGCAGGCAGGAGAGGAAGGGUGGCCGGCACAGCAGCAGGGAUGCUGAUGUGACCCGGGCAUCCCGGUGCCAAAUCAGGAGUGUGCCCCCCCCCUCCCCAGCAUCCUUUGUGGGGUCAGCUCAGUUAGGAGGAUGCUGGUGCCAGGCUGAGGGUGCUCAUGGAGGUGCAGCACCGCUGGUGCUCAGUCUUAAUUCACCCACCCUGGAGUGGAUCCCUGGGUUGGAUCCUGGCAUCAGCACAGUGCUGGGGUGCUUCUCCUCCUCCUCCAAUGGUUUCUUUCACAGAGGCAGUGAAGGCUGGUGAGGAAGGCCGGGAGCAGCACAACAGAGCUGAACCCUCUGCACCUUCCUCCCACCAGGAAAUUCCCUUCAGAAAAGCCCAAUUUGUCCCCAGAUAGUGCAAACAUGCACAAGGAGCACCCUGAUGCCCUGCAGCACCCAGCCAUGGUGCCAUAGGGAACCCCUCCACGGUGACUGUACCCAUCCAGCGCAGGGGACUGAUGUCAGGGCUGUCUGCUGGGGUCAGCCCUGCCUUCCUGGAAGGCAGCCUUUGAAACCAGCCCGCAUUUCCUCAAAGGCUCCUCAGGGGAAAGUCCCUGAGGAGCUGCUCCCAUGGCCAGGGCUGCCACUGCCUCCAUAAAGCCCCGGGCAGGCAGCACCGGACCUGACAGUGCACCAUGGGCAACUGGCUGGUCAACCACUGGUUCUCUGCUGCGGUCCUCGCAGCCUGGCUGGGCAUCAACAUCUUCCUCUUCACUUACUACUUCCUGUUCUUCGACCGGGAUGCGCGGUAUUUCUACACCAGGGCCAUCCUCGGGUCCGCCUUGGCAUGGGCUCGAGCAUCAGCCAAGUGCCUCAACUUCAACAGCAUGCUGAUCCUGCUGCCCGUGUGCCGCAACCUCCUCUCCUUCCUCCGCGGGACCUGCUCGUGCUGCCGGCGGACACUGCGGAAGCAGCUGGACCACAACCUCACCUUCCACAAGCUGGUGGCGUACACCCUGGCCCUGCUCACAGCCGUGCACACCAUUGCCCACCUCUUCAACCUGGAGCGCUACAACGGCAGCCAGCAGGCCACGGACAGCAGCCUGCCCGCUGUCCUCUCCAAGAUGCACCUGCAGGGCAGCAACAAGUGGCUGAACCCCAUCCACUCCAACCAGACGACCGUCGAGUACGUGGCCUUCACCACCAUCCCAGGGCUGACAGGGGUCAUCAUCACACUGGCACUCAUCCUCAUGGUCACCUCCUCCACCGAGUUCAUCCGCAGGAACUACUUUGAAGUCUUCUGGUACACACAUCACCUCUUCAUCAUCUACUUCGCUGGGCUUGUCAUCCAUGGCAUCGCCGGGCUGGUGCGUGGACAGACAGAGGAGAGCAUCAAGGAGGUGCAUCCACACCACUGCGCCCAGUACCUCACACACAAGGACAAGCACUGCAACCAUGACUGCUGCAAGGACCCCGAGUUUGGGAGCAUCCCUGCUGAGUCCUGGAAGUGGGUCCUGGCCCCUGUCCUCCUCUACAUCUUCGAGCGGAUCCUGCGGGUCUGGCGUGCGCGGCAGAAGGUGGUUGUCACCAAGGUGGUGAUGCACCCUGCCCGCGUGCUGGAGCUGCAGAUGCAGAAGAAGGGGUUCCGCAUGGAAGUGGGGCAGUACAUCUUUGUCAACUGCCCCUCCAUCUCCCUGCUGGAGUGGCAUCCCUUCACCCUCACCUCUGCGCCCGAGGAGGACUUCUUCUCCAUCCACAUCCGAGCGGCUGGAGACUGGACCGAGCGCCUCAUUGACACCUUCCAGCAGCAGAAGCUGGAGAUGCCCAGGAUCGAGGUGGAUGGUCCCUUCGGCACAGCCAGCGAAGACGUGUUCCAGUAUGAGGUAGCCAUGCUGGUGGGUGCAGGUAUCGGUGUCACCCCUUUUGCCUCUGUCCUGAAGUCCAUCUGGUACAAGUUCCAGCAGGGUGACCAGACCCUCAAGACCAAGAAGAUCUACUUCUACUGGCUCUGCCGGGACACAGGGGCCUUUGCCUGGUUCAAUGACCUGCUUGCCUCGCUGGAGCAGAAGAUGGCCGAGUCGGGCAAGGCUGACUUCCUCACCUACCGCCUCUUCCUCACUGGCUGGGACACCAGCAUUGCCAACAACGUGGCGCUGCGCUUCGACACUGCUGUGGACACAGUGACGGGGCUCAGGCACAAAACCAUCUUCGGGCGGCCCAUGUGGAACAGUGAGUUCACAGCAAUAGCUGCAGCACACCCCAGGUCGGUGGUUGGUGUGUUCCUCUGCGGGCCGGGGGCCUUGGCGAAGAGCCUGCAGAAGUCUUGCCACCAGCACUCCAGCCUGGACCCCAGGAAGGUCAAAUUCUACUUCAACAAGGAGAACUUCUAAGAGGCAGCCAGAAUGGGAGCCCCGCGGGCAGGGGACCACGCAUCUCACCUCAUCCCCCGUGCCUGGGGUAAGCAUCUCCUGAUGGGUACGUGCACUGAAGCCAGGCGAGACAAGGCAAGAAUCCUUCUCCAUGAGAAACUUGAGGGUCAAAGACUGCUCGGCAUGGAUCCCCAUUGAUAAACCAGAGGCACAUGCUGCGAUGAUGCUGCUGCAGCAGUGGGAAGAAGCAGGAGCACCCAGCAGGCUGGGCAGAACUGUGGGACAGGGAGGGGACAUGGCCGUGCUGAGCAGGCACUGGGGAUAAGCGUGUCCCUCCGGGUUUAAGCAGUCCUCUGCGUGAAAGGGCACAUUAAACCU